ACUAAUAAUUCCUAAUUUUGUUUUUAUCCCUCCGAUUGCUCAGCCACAGUCCUAAUAUUAUUUAUAGGAUUUUCUUUAAAUUUCACAUCUGUGUGGUUGCACGAUCGCGUUAAAAUGCCGAAAAUUGGUUGACGAAGUUCGGCAUAAUAUUCCGUUUUAGGAAAAUUGAAGAUAAUAACAUUGACAGACAUGGCGACAGAGAUAAGUCAAAGCAAAACAAUCUGCAUUCUGGCUGUUGUAGCAGGAUGUUUCGCCAUUCUAUGGCCAUCUUUAUUUUAUCCAAUGCUAAAAGGAUCAUUUGCACCUCAGACUCACACAGGCUGUUGCAAUGUGCUGUCCAGUACGGACGUGAAUAUAGUUAAAAUAGUAAUGGAUAUAUGUGAUCGUGUAAUUGAUACAACGGACAGAAAAACAAAAUUGGAAAAAUGUCGUCACGAUAUUUUCAACACAUGUGCUAUCAAUAUAACUGAUUUAAUCAAUGAAAAUAAGGUUGGCAAAAUUUCGCACAAUAAACAUUUAAUCGACGAAAUUAGAUCUUUGAAUGGAUCUCUAUGCCUAAAAUAUCAUUAUGGAGUUUCCUUGACAAGCUUGGGGGUUACACAUAGACUUAAAGAAAGCGAUUCUUUAAUGAAUAAUAUUCCGCAAGAAAGAACUCCUGUUCACUUAAGGGCCUCCAAAGCAACAAUGCAUCCAGCAUUAAUGGAAAAAGGACGAGCAAUUCCCCAACCUCAUAUUGGACCUAGACAUAGUAGUCCAACUCCUCACAGUUUCAAACCACCAAUUCCAGGAUCAAGACCGACAAUGGGCGGUAUGGGCGGCACCAGUAAUAAAAUCGCUGGAGGAGAUGGUGGUGGUGCCAUGAAUAUACUAAUGCCAAUGUAUACAAUUGGAAUACUUCUUUUUUUUGUGUAUACUAUGAUGAAGUUGUUAUCAAAAAAAGACGACGUUGAAGAUACUAUUGAUGAUAAAUAUUCUUCACAUUAUCCUUAUGGCAGAGAUAGUAAAUCAAAGCUACAGCCGCAGAAUCUUCCUACAAAAUUAGGGUUCAUUGAAAAGGAUACGAGGGAUUUAGAAAUAGAUGCGCUCCGUCGCAAGCUAGAAGAAACAGAGGCUGCGAUGGAACGCAUUGUUAAGCAAAUGAUAUUGGCGUCUGAGUGCAAUGGGAUGGAUGGGAAUAAGGAGUUUAAAAACGAAAAUAUUGAUGAGGGGGAAAGUCCGACAAAUACGUUAUCCAAUGACAACGUAAAUGAUACGAUUACUACUAAAAAGUCUACACCAUCAGAGGAAUCAAAAAGCAUUAAAUCUUUAAACACUUCCGAACUAUACGAUGAAAAUACUACAGAUUCCGAAAUUUCCGUAAAAAAAAUCAUUCAAGUGGUCAAUAUGGAAACAUCUGAAAGUGUUGGUGGUGGUCAUUGUUGGACUCCGACUGAAAAAGAGAAAAUACCUUCUAAAUGUAAAACAGCAUCUAUAGAAGAGCCCAUUUCUCUACUCAUUCCUGGUAUGAUUCCUAAGAACUCUCAAGUUUUAAUAAGCGAUGGUCCACUCAAUACUCCCUCAGAAACUGAGGAUCACGAAGCAGUAAUUUCAAGCAAAGUUACAUUAUCAUUAAUACCUGACGACCGAGUAGAGGAAUACCUAACUGGUGAUGAAGCAGAAGAUGAUAAUACUACUUCAACACUACCAAACAUUAACUAAUAUGGCAAAAAAUGAAAACAUAAACGUAUGAUUUACCUAUAUUUAAUAAUUAUAUGUCGAGUAAAUAUAUUCAAUGUACAUGCACGAUUUUAAAAUAGGUAAUGUUUGGGGAUUUGACGAGAGUAAUAAUAUGGGAAUAGGACCGUAUAUUAUGAAAGUUUUUAAUUGCACAUUUACUAUGCACUUAAAUAUUUUGAGGUAGAUUUUAAUGUUAUAACUUUAUGAAUGAGCCAUUAUAAUGAACUUUUCAAUGUAUGUUAACAAAUAUGUGAUCAGUAUUAUUUUAUGUAUACCUAGUUUGUCAAUUUAUAAGUACAUUUUUUUGUUACUUUUGAAGUACUUUAGACUGAUAAUGUUGCCAAAUGUUUAGCAAAUAUUUCUUGAAUUUAUUGUACUUUACCUGUAAUAAAUAUCUGAUGUGUCAAAUCAAAAAA